AUGGAAGCAGAGAAAACCUCUUCCCUCUUGAAAAAAUCUUCAAGAAAGACCUCUCCAUUCUCCCCCUAUCGUGGGACACUCUUCCAUCAAGCUGGAUCAAGCUCACAAAACCGCGCAUCCAGCACAAUACCCCUUACACUAUCUCCACCGCCUUCCAGCUCCGAGAUCUCUAGCUUGGAUAUUCAAGAGAAAACUCCUGGCAGAAAAGUAUCUCCUCUUUCUCUCCCUCCCCCAUUGAUACGCGUCAAAACACCAACUCCGGUUCCAACAGCAUCAAAAAGCAUCGCACCACCACCCUUUUAUCCGCCAACGACAGCAGCACAUACCAAUUUCAAGGAGAUUCUCAUCCACACGGCAAAGUGCGACAAAUGCAACAAGCAUAAUAAAGCCACAUUGCAACGCUGCACGACUUGUGGAUUCCAGAUUUGCACACCGUGCUGGCUUAAUAGGGGCGGCGGGCAGCAUAUGGUCACGCGGGUGUUCAAGGGACCCGUAUUCAAUCCUAAUGCGGUAGAUGAAGAGAAUGUGGAUGAUGGAGAUGAUGAAGAGGAUGGAGUAGAAGAUACCGAUGACCAGAUGUCUCAUGAAAGUAACGAUAUCGAGGACAAUAACUCCGAUAUCAUAAUAGUAUCAGAAAAUAAAAACAACGACACAACGAUAAAGACUGAUGAUUCUGACGAUGUCCUUUCGAUCCAUUCGAUCGACAAGCAUGGUGGCUCUCCCUCUGCCUUACACUGCAAAAACAGAUGUUUGGAUACCUCCCAGCGAGCAGGUCAGACAGGGGAAGCCGCCUGCCCCGUGUACUCAUACAGCAGCGACAUCCCAGACCCCGGCUCUGAGGAUUGCAAUGGCGCGAAUGAGUUGCCAGCAUAUCAAACUGACCGCGCGCUACCGAUUGCUCGUCGAUACUCCUAUAGCUCCCUAACCAGCCAGGACGAGAACGACUCCAGAGGUGAAGGGGUUGCUAUGGGGAUAAGCUGCCAAAAUGCCAGAGACAUAGACAAGAACCGCCGCUAUUACAGCGACCUGGCUCCCGAGUCCCGCGAACGGAUCGAUGUCCUCAUCAACACGGCCAUAAGCCUAUUUGAAGAUGCUGCCUUCGAUCCCUGCCAAAGCCGAACCACAGAUCCGGCCUCCGCCCACAACCUCCACUCCCCCCUCUUCGUCCCCAUUGGCCCAGACGACCAGCUCACACCCGCAUAUAACGAGCGCCUCUCGGCGCCAACAGCCAUCCCAGCUCUAGUCUCAGAAUUAGCUGCAGACCACCCUCCGCGCAAGAGGGACUUGGGCGAUAUUGAGGGGCGGGAAAGUGUUUGGAGAGGUCCGUUUAUUGAUGAGAGCACUGACGAGGAGGGAGAUUGGAGGGAUCGCGGGUGCAGCGGAUGA